AUGGCCGCUGAUGGACGGGUGAGAGCUGUAGGGCGCACGCUCCUCGCCUCCCUGUCGCAGCAGGCGCCAUCACCAUCCGGGACGUUGAGAACCAGCAAGGAGGACAAGGCCGGUGAUCUGAAGGCCCAUGACCUGGUUACCGUCCGGAACGAGGCACGGGCGGAGCGGGCGCCGUCGCGAGGACUUCCAAACCAAGUUCCCACGCCAGCCGCGCAGAGGAGACUGUCGAGGGCACGCGAGGCUGAAGACCAGCCCGAGCUCUCGCGUCGCCGCGAUGUGAGCUCUUCAGGCACCAGCUACCGGGGCUCAACGCGCCCGCAGCGCCGAGGAAGCCUCCAAGAGCGUGCAGCGGCUUUGGAUCGGAUCGCUCAGGCACCACCAAGCCGGCAAAGGCCGGCCAAAGCUGUGGGCAGGGCGGUGCCAAAGACCACGGCGACUCUCUGCAGGGCAGCAUCUGAAGCGAACGCCGCGUUCCGGGCGCACAUGGAGGACAGCUCCGUGGCCAUCGACCCGCUUCUGGUGGAACAGGACGGUGAAGUCUGGGGCUACUUUGCGGUUUAUGACGGCCAUGGCGGGCGACAGGCUGUGGAUUUCUGCGAGGCAAAGCUACAUGGUCUUGUGCUUGAUGAGCUCCUGAACGUUACCAGGAUGGCGGGCGAGACUGUGGCUGAUGAUGUGGUAGCCGAGGUGCUUUCUAGGGCCUUCCGCAGGGUGGAUGAGCAACUCAAGCUGCUGGGCACCUGGCGGUGUGGUUGCACUGCCACUGUGGUGCUGGCCCACAGGACCCUGACGGGAUUGCGACUCCACGCCGCGAACGUUGGGGACUCCCGUGCGAUUGUGAUUGACUCUGGCAGCGAGUCCCGGCUAACUCGUGACCACAGGCCCACCGAUCCCGCCGAAAUCCAGCGGGUCGAAGCCGAAGGUGGCUUCGUGGCUCGAGGCCGCGUCGUGGGCCAACUUGGGGUCAGCCGUGCGCUGGGGGACCAUUCGCUGAAGUCCGUGGGUGUCACCUGGCAUCCUCACGUCUGCACGCGCGAGGUGGCACAGGACGCAGCUUUGGUCAUAGCCAGCGACGGCCUUUGGGACGUGAUGGCCGACGGCGACGCGCGUGCAGUGGUUGAGCGCAGCGUGGCCGAGCGCAUGUACGACAAGGCACCCGAGCUUCUUAUCAAGGCAGCCCUCCGAGCAGGUUCCACUGACAAUACGACUGCCUUGGUGGCUUUCUUCGGCCUUGCCCAGGCUCAUUGUCAAGUUGAGACCUUGUCACUUGUGACAUGUCUGAGAUGCUGCCUAAAGCCCUAA